UAAUCAUCUCCCAACUUCGAUCGGCGAGAUCCUCACAACGAACUGACAUUUCCUUUCUUCGUCCAUAAUCGCGAACCGCAUUUCCCAGGAGAUUGGCGCCUACUCUACCAUUCCCCCCUGCCUUUUCUGUCCUAUUACUGUCCGCUUCAGGGUUGGCGCUCGCCAAGCACCUCUCCUGGAAGCUGCAUCAUUGUUUCCAUCUCCCAAGAACCAUCUGUUUUUCCCGUUGAUCUGAGCGCUACUCGGCCAAAAAUAGGCCGUGCUGAAAUGCUAAAGUACACCUUACAAUAUGACCGAAACAAAGAUGCAGUUGGAAGAUUGGCUAGAUGACUUGUGUGUCCGUUUUAUAAUAAAUUUACCCCGGGAGGAACUGGAAUCCGUUGAGCGGAUAUGUUUUCAAGUGGAGGAGGCGCAAUGGUUUUACGAGGAUUUUAUCCGGCCAUUAGACCCGGCCCUCCCCUCUCUAUCUCUGAAGGCCUUUGCUCUGCGCAUUUUCCAGCAUUGUCCACUCAUGGCCAACUGGUCCCGCUAUCAUCAUAUGACUGCCUUUUCCGAGUUCCUGGCGUACAAAACUCGUGUUCCUGUACGUGGAGCUAUAAUGCUGAAUCAGGAGAUGGACGAGGUGGUCUUGGUCAAGGGUUGGAAGAAGGGCUCUAAUUGGAGUUUCCCCCGAGGGAAAAUCAACAAGGAUGAGAAAGAUCUUGAUUGUGCCAUCCGCGAAGUAUAUGAAGAGACUGGUUAUGAUAUUCGGGAAGCAGGACUCGUCAAGGCCGAAAACGAUGUCAAGUUCAUUGAAAUCACCAUGCGUGAGCAGCACAUGAGGCUAUACGUAUUUCGAGGUGUACCACAGGAUGCCUAUUUUGAGCCUCGCACCCGGAAGGAAAUCAGCAAGAUUGAGUGGUAUAAAUUGUCGGACCUGCCGACAUUGAAGAAGAGCAAGCAAUACGACCAGGGUUUGGCGGCUGCCAACGCCAAUAAGUUUUACAUGGUCGCACCGUUUAUGCACCCACUGAAGAAGUGGAUUGCCCAGCAGAAGAAGCUGGAUCCAAAGACACAUUUGGACGUUAAGCAAGCUCUUUUUACCGAAGGGGAGGUGUCGAUGGAUGAAGGUCUCCAGCCCGCCUUUACACCUGACUAUGUGCCUGUGGAAGCGGCCGUUCCUAGUGAUUUGCCUGAAGUGGCUGCAUCUCAGGAUGCCUCUAUUCAUCUGAAGCGGCUCUUAAACAUCAAUAACCCUGCCGUCACGCCAGAACCUACUUCCUCGAAAUCAAAUGCUCUCCUGGAGCUGUUGAGAAGCGGCUCUUCCCGAGGUUCUCUUCCGCAAACUCCCAAUGUUGAUCAAGGCCCAAACCAACCCUACUCCGCGCCAGGAUUUUUCCCUGGGUUCCCUCAACAGUACGUUGGACCACCAGGAAACAUGCCUCAAAUCUCACCCCCACAUAGUGGUCCCCCUAUUUGUGGUCCGGUACACCAACCUGUUCCCCAGUUUCCUCACGGAUUUCUACCUGUUAAUCAGCCCGGCCCUCCAGUUGGUUAUCAAGGGAUGCCCGGCUUACUAGAUCAACUCUCUACGCAACUGGAGAAAAAUGGUCCGUUACCGAUGGGAGUUCCCCAUCCUCCUCCGUCAAUGCCUGCCCCAGCGCCCUACCAGCAAACCGGGGAUCCUCAAUUUUCUCACUUGGCCCAACCGACCCAGAUUCAGGGAGCAGCUGUACCGCCCGCGAGCAAAUUGCCACCACCCAAACUUACAAGUCAUUCCUUGGCGUUGUUGAGUGUAUUCAAGGAUGAUAAGAAGACACCGAAGACAGCCACUGCAGUCUUAGUGCCGCAGCCUGAGAAGACCAUAGUCGAGGGCCGCAAGCCUUCCCAACACCAAGAUCAAUUGUUGAACUUGCUUCAAGGAUCUUCGGCUAUGAGCAGCCAACGUCCGGCCGAGUUAUCUGGUCAUCCGGUCUCACCGGGUAGGAAACAAAUUCUUCAGCGACCGAAUUUAAACGCGAACACUUCCCAGAAAGCUGGUAAAGGUGCGUGGACUUCGGCAACUGUGUCUGGGCCGCUGAAUAUGCCCCAAUUUGAAGCCAUUCCCAAGUCAUCUGCUAGGAGGACGGCGAGUGAGUCGAAGCGUCAAACUAGCCGAGACCGGCCGACGCAACCUCUGGCUUCGCCGAUCACGAUUUUACCUCGACCACAAAGUGCCAAGAGGACGCAACCCCCAACUGCAGUAUCGACACAGGCUUCACAGGCGCCCUCGAGACCUCGUUCUGCCAAAGCGAAGUCUCCCGAGCCAGCGAAGCCAUUCCAGCCGCAGAUAUUACGCCGUUCGGACAACGCCAACGUUCAGAGCAUUUUACCGAUACGAACAAAGGAACCAGAGGCCACUGGGCCGCAGGGCAUUCUUCCGCAGGUGCCUGACCACAAAGCAGCGCCAAUCGCGCCAACAGCUCCAUCCGAUUUUCCUCGUCGCCCAAGCCAGACAGCCGCACAAAGAGAGACUCUUCUUUCCCUCUUCAGCAAACAGACUACUUCUCCGAAGGUUUCUCCUACAGAGCCACUUGAUCUCCAGACUUCCGCCUCCAAGGCGUCGGCAGCUCCAUCUGUUGUUAGCCCACUCUCACCUCUUAGUCACCCCACGAGGAAUGGGACAUCUAGCGACGAUGACAACCGGGCCUCCAACAAGCCACCGAGCAGAGCUAUAUGUGCUCGCUGUCUGAUUGGGGGUCGACUUUUCUCGACAACGCGACAGCCGCGGGUUCAGAAUACCAGCAAUGAAAUCUCACAAUCUCCACCACAAGCAGGAUAUGCUCGUCUCACGAAUCGGGCUCUAAUUUCCAUCACGGGGGCCGACAGUACAACGUUCCUCCAGGGUCUCAUUACACAGAACAUGUUCGUUGCCAAUGACCCGAACCGCUCCGUGCGUCGAACCGGAUCAUAUGCCGCUUUCCUUAAUUCCCAUGGCCGAGUGUUGAACGAUGUCUUUAUCUACCCGUUGUCUCAAUCGGAGGGCGCUUCGCCCGAUGAGCCAGCGUGGUUAGUGGAAGUGGAUAAGAACGAGGUGGCAAGUCUCAUGAAGCAUUUGAAGAAGCAUAAACUUCGAUCUAAGCUUCAACUACGGGCGCUGGAGGAUGGUGAACGAACUGUCUGGGCGUCGUGGAAACCCCAUGCCGAACCGCGCUGGGCAGCGUAUAAUCUGGAGUCUCCACCUGCUGCCCCGUUUUUGCCUUCCUCGGAGUUAGUAGUUGGCUGCGUUGAUAGCCGGGCACCGGGCUUUGGAUCUCGUCUAGUCACCCCCGGCACGGAGGAUCUCCGGACACACGUCCCUGACGAGACGCAGGUGGCGGGCUCGGAGGUAGACCUGGCUGCCUAUACCGUGCGGCGAAUGCUGCAUGGUGUGGCAGAGGGGCAGUCUGAAAUUCUUCGUGAGGGGUCACUUCCGUUGGAGUGUAAUAUGGACAUGACUCGAGGCGUUGACUUCCGCAAGGGCUGUUAUAUUGGACAGGAGCUUACCAUUCGAACUCACCAUACGGGUGUUGUGCGAAAGCGGAUACUGCCAGUUCAAUUCUAUGACGGUGACUUGAGCACUCUUGCUUCCGCGGAUGGCCCGGUGUAUGACCCCUCCUCCUCUGCGCUCUCUUUACCUCCGUCGGGAUCGAGUAUCUCCAAGGCUGGCCCUCGCAAGGGCCGCAGCGCCGGGAAGUUUCUCGGGGGCAUUGGAAAUGUUGGACUUGCACUGUGCCGCUUGGAGAUGAUGACUGACAUUGCGCUUACGGGUGAGGGGAGUCAAUAUAGCCCUGAUCAGGAAUUUAAGAUUACGUGGGCUAGGACAGAAGGGAUGCCAGAUACGGAAGCCGGGGAGGUGAAGGUCAAGGCUAUUGUGCCGCCCUGGACCAGGGAAUUUAUUCUAUCUGGCGGUGUCAAGAACAACAACCACAACAACAACCGGGAUACCGACGGUCAUCGGGCAAGGGAUUUGCUGGAGGAAGAGGAAGCCCACCGACGAAAUGAAUAAAUGGCUUUUUUUGUAAUGUAGUUCACCAAGCCACCAUACAGUUUGUAUAAAUAGAGUUGUACAUUAAUAUAAACGCUUUGU